GGUUCGGGCGGUGCAUAAAAGGCUCCGUGGCCUAGGGCGCUCGUGACGCUGAGAACGAGAGUCUGCGGGUGUGGUUGUCUGUGCGUUCGGCCCUAGACCACGCAGGUAUAGACAGCAGCUUUCAGUCAUGGCCUCCGGCAACGCGCACAUCGGAAAGCCCGCCCCCGACUUCCAGGCCACUGCAGUGGUGGAUGGCGCCUUCAAGGAGGUGAAGCUUUCUGACUACAGAGGGAAGUACGUGGUGCUCUUUUUUUACCCGCUGGACUUCACCUUUGUGUGUCCCACCGAGAUCAUUGCUUUCAGCGAGCAUGCCGAAGACUUCCGCAAGCUGGGCUGCGAGGUGCUGGGGGUCUCUGUGGACUCUCAGUUCACCCACCUGGCUUGGAUCAACACUCCCCGAAAGGAAGGAGGCUUGGGCCCCCUGAACAUCCCCCUGCUGGCCGAUGUGACCAGAAGCUUGUCCCAUGAUUAUGGUGUGCUGAAGGAAGAUGAGGGCAUUGCUUACAGGGGCCUCUUCAUCAUCGAUGGCAAAGGUGUCCUUCGUCAGAUCACGGUCAAUGACUUGCCUGUGGGGCGCUCUGUGGAUGAGGCUCUGCGGCUGGUCCAGGCCUUCCAGUAUACGGAUGAGCAUGGAGAAGUAUGUCCCGCUGGCUGGAAGCCGGGCAGCGACACAAUCAAGCCCAACGUGGAUGACAGCAAGGAAUACUUCUCUAAACACAACUAGACUAGCAGGCAGAGGACAAGUUUGCGCCCUCUGUCCCCACCUGUGCCCCUGCCUGGGUGCCCCAUGCUGAUCCAGGAAAGGCCAGACCUGCCCCCUUAACACUCCUCAAUCUGGGACCCUGGAGGGCCGGGCUAAGGCCCUCUCAUGCCCCCACCUGGAAGCUAAUGAAUGGUGACCCCCCCCCUCCAUGGAGCUCACCAAUUGGAGCACAGGCCUAAGAUGGCCAAUAAAUUAUUAGGAACAGGUGCGAAUCUGUGUCGGUG